AUGCAGGACGGGUUCACACCUCUUGCUGUGGCUCUCCAGCAGGGGCACGAACGUGUUGUGGCGCUUCUGCUGGAACGUGAUUCACGCAGCAAGAUUCGUCUGCCGGCACUCCACAUCGCGGCCAAGAAAGACGAUGUACACGCGGCCAGUCUUCUGCUGAACAACACUGAUGUGGACGUCAACCACACCUCCGCGGUAAACCGCUUUUACUGUCUCUUUCAGACUUGUCCCAACCUACCCCAGCAAAAUAGUCAUACCGAAGCCCAGGACACUUUCAACCUUUCCACAUGA